AUUUUAGUGUCAAUUUUAUGCCAGCUGCUUAGGCAAGCUUUACAUAGGAAAAAAAUAUGAGCCACAGCGGCAUCCUUCUUGGAUUUAAAGAAUCAAUCCUAUCUGUUAUGAUCCAGGGUCUGCCAUCCUUUUCCUUCUCUUUCCCUUAACUGCCUUCCCUUGUGUGGAGGUAAGGACAGGGUAGCUAAGGGGUUAAUUCGGAGACAACCACCGAGAGGAGCUUCCUAGAGAGCCCAGGAAGUGGCCUUGGUUCCCACCGAGGCUUCCUGUGCCCCAGCCUCAACUUCCCUCGUGUCUGGAGAGUGAUCACGUUCACCCCCAAAGACAUCCUCUGGGGAUACUUGCCGUGGGAUUCACAGUGGGGUGCAGAGGACGACCCCGCAGACGCACCGACUAUAAGAGAGCUCUGUGCGGCUGCGCCUCAGGGGUGUCCUGGCCCCUGGGCUCCACAUGCGUUUUACUGGACGGUUGACCACCGUUCCAGAAUCCUCUGAAGAUAUACAGUCGCCGCUAGAGUGAGACCUGGGUACUGCGGUGGGGCAGGAUGGCCAGAGAACCGAGAAAAAACGCAGCCCUGGACGCCCAGUCUGCAGUGGACAAGACGGGGCUCCUGACCGUGAAGGUGGAGAAGGAGGACGCGUCCGCCUUGACGGUGGAGCUGAGCGCACCCGGCAGCCCUGCUGGGGGCCCCGAGCACUUGCGCCAGCGCUUCCGAGGCUUUCGCCUCCCGGCGGCUGCAGGCCCCCGCGAGGCGCUGAGCCGGCUCCGAGAGCUCUGCCGACAGUGGCUGCAGCCUGAGAUGCACAGCAAGGAGCAGAUCCUGGAGCUGCUGGUGCUGGAGCAGUUCCUGACCAUCCUGCCGGGGAACGUGCAGAGCUGGGUGCGGGAGCAGCAUCCAGAGAGCGGGGAGGAGGUGGUGCUGCUGCUGGAGUAUUUGGAGAGGCGGCGGGAUGAGCCGGCACCGCAGGUUCCAGUUGGUGACCAGGGGCAAGAACUGCACUGUUGCAAUAUGGCACUAUUGACACAAACUCAAAGAUCUCAGAGCAGCCAAUGCCAGCCAAUGAAGGCUCUGUUCAAGCGUGAAUCUCUGGGAUCCCAGCCCUUACAAGACAGAGUUCUCCAGGUUCCUGGGCUUGCCCAGGGAGGGCACUGCAGAGAAGAUGCAAUGGUAGCUUCCAAGCUCACUCCAGGGUCCCAGGAGUUGCUGAAAAUGGAAGAUGUGGCCCUGACCCUCUCUCCUGGGUGGACACAGCUGGAUUCAUCUCAGGUGAACCUCUACAGAGAUGAAAAGCAGGACAACCAUAGCAGCCUGGUCUCUCUUGGUGGUGAAAUACAGACUAAGAGCAGGGACUUGCCUCCAGCCGAGGAGCUUCCAGAAAAGGAGCAUGGGAAGAUUUCGUGCCGCCUGAGUGAAGACAUUGCCCAGAUUCCUACAUGUGCAGAAGCUGGUGAACAGGAGGGCAGGUUACAAAGAAAGCAGAAAAAUGCCAUAGGGAGUAGGCGACAUUAUUGCCAUGAAUGUGGAAAGAGUUUUGCUCAAAGUUCAGGCCUGACUAAACACAGGAGAAUCCAUACUGGUGAGAAGCCCUACGAAUGUGAAGACUGUGGGAAGACCUUCAUUGGGAGCUCUGCCCUUGUCAUUCAUCAGAGAGUCCACACUGGUGAGAAGCCAUAUGAGUGUGAAGAAUGUGGUAAGGUCUUCAGUCACAGCUCAAACCUUAUCAAACACCAGAGAACCCACACUGGGGAGAAGCCCUAUGAGUGUGAUGACUGUGGGAAGGCUUUCAGUCAGAGCUGCAGCCUCCUUGAACAUCACAAAAUUCAUACUGGGGAGAAGCCAUACCAGUGCAAUAUGUGCGGCAAAGCUUUUAGGCGGAAUUCACAUCUCCUGAGACAUCAGAGGAUUCAUGGUGAUAAAAAUUCUCAGAAUCCUGAGCAUGGAAUGCCCUGGGAAGGUCAGAGUAGGACAGAAAGCCACUGGGAAAAUGUUGAGGCUCCAGUGUCUUAUAAAUGUAAUGAAUGUGAGAGAAGUUUCACACAGAAUCGAAGUCUUAUUGAACAUCAAAAAAUCCACACUGGUGAGAAACCCUAUCAGUGUGACACAUGUGGAAAAGGUUUCACUCGAACUUCAUACCUUGUUCAACAUCAGAGAAGCCAUGUAGGGAAAAAAAUUCUUUCACAGUGACCCAUGGUAUUCAUGCCAACAUUGGUGCUCAUUUGUCUUUGAACCGAGGCUACCCUGGAGCCCUUAAUGGUUACAGAAGUUAUUUGCCACUAUACAUCAUCAGGUAUUGGAAAAUGUAGUCUGGCUGAGAUGAUGAGUUAUCAUCUACAUUCUAGAAAGUGAUUGGAAGAAGUCAUUUGAUAGGAGGCCAUAGGAGAGUUGUCUGGAAGUUGUAGAACCUAAAAUAGUUUGUUCUCACCCAGUGGAUUUAAAUGGCCUUCUGGACUGGCUAAUUGCCCUCAGCCAGCACUUUUAUGACAUCUGGUUGGAUGGCCCUGAUCUGGGGGCUGCUGCUCUGACCAUUUAUUUUGCCUCCAAUGAAUCUUUCACAACUUGUUCAGAUCCAUGAGGUCUUUUACUUCCCAUUGUGCCUUGUAUAUAGGUGCUAAUAAACAUUUAUUAAAUGUACCAGUAAAAUGACCUUUGUAGCUGUGAAAAUCUUGUGUUGUCUAGAUUUCUGAAAAAUUUCUAACUUAUGCCCCUUGUGUUUAUGUACUAUUCUCUGAGGUUCUAGAUUCUGGGUCAGUCUAGUGUAUUUGUUGCCAUGUACAUACUGUUUUCAGAAUUGGGGUGGGGGAAUCCAUAUUUCUUUACCAUGAUAGUACAGAUGGGAAGAAUGCCUUAAACAGCUUCUUUAUCAUUAAGAUGUGAGACUGCUUCUUUAUCAUUAAGACAUGUGAGACUGUUCCACAGAACUCCACUCUUUAGUCAAUGUUAAUUUUGCUACUCUUUAGGGGGGAAUCUUUCACAUUCAGGUAAAUAAAAAUCAACUUAUCAAGUUAGAUCAAAAUGAUUAUGAAUCACAUGUGUGAACACAUUCUGUAACACUUACCAUCUUGUUUCUUACCUUUUAGCUAUCUUGGGCCUAACUAAGUGCUAAGAUGUCAUCUGUGUCCCUCUUCCCCAGCUUAUACCUGACUGUGCAUCAAGACUUAUGCCAGCUAAGCUUAAACUUUCUCCAGGUCAGAAGAUUCAUACCAAAUAUUUAUAAUUCAUAGUUUCAAGACUGGCCUGUCAGUUGGGGUAGGAAGAUCCGUUUAGAGGCAGCUUAUGAAGAUAGAAACUCACAUGUGAGUGGUAGGAGAAGAUGUAUCUGUUUAGGCCGGGUCCCAGGGCUCACGCCUAUGGGAGACUAAAGCAGGUGGAUUACAUGAAGUCAGAAGUUUGAGACUAGCACCGUCAAUACGGUGAAACCCCAUCUCCACAAAAAAAUACAAAAAUUAGCAAGGCAUGGUGGCACAUGCCUGUGAUCCCUGCUAAUUGGGAGGCUGAGAUAGGAGAAUCACUUGAACCUGGGAGGUGGAGGUUGCAGUCAGCCGAGAUCGUGCCACGGCACUCCAGCCUGGGUGACAGAAUGAGUGAGACUCUGUCUCAAAAAGUUAAAAAAAAAAAAAAAAAAAAGAAAGAAAGAAAAUGUAUCCGUUCAUAAACACAUUGAGAAUCCUAGGUAUCUGAUGAAAAGGAUUGUACAAUAUCCAAAGUGGCAAUAUGUGAUGUCAAGACUCAAUGCUGUGAGUUAUUCACAAGGAAUAAGAAUUUUUUGAUAUUUUUUGUUUUCACCCAAAUCACCUGCAUGCUUAAAAGACUGACUUCUGAAGCGCCCAAGUGCGUACUAGCGUUUUCCUGCAUUGCCAGACUGUCAUGAAUGGAUUCUGCUUCUGAUGAAAUCCCUGACUACGUUUUAGUCAGUCACCAGCAUGGUGUUCUUGUCUAUUCUCAAAUACCCUUUCUGGAUUCCUGCUCUGAAAUACCAUAGGCUGACCAGAGACUUUCAAAACCAUACCGCUCUCCCUUUAUUAAUUCCUAUAAUCUUUUAUUGCAUUCAUUGUCUCCUUUUCAAUCCAACUUAAAACUUCUUUAGCUUUCCAAAGUUCUGUAGACUUUCUCUACUUAAUCUUUUCUAGCCUUUUAAAAUUUCUUUUAAAUCAACUCUAUGUUAUUUUCACAAAGCUAGCCAUUUCCUUUUCUCUCCUUUCAUUUUAAAUUUUUCUCAAUAUUUGCUAAUACCUCUGAUCUUACACAUUUAAACUCAUUAGAGACAACUCUAUUCACUUUUCUGUUACAUUUAUUUCUGAUGUUACAUGAAUAGAUAAGCUUUUUACAAACCAGAAAGCAUUAUACAAAUAUAGCUUCCUAAGAUUAACUAAGGACCACUGUGCCUCCUUCCACUCCUGUGCCUCCAGGCCUAAAAGUCUCUGUAGAGGAGGAAACUACUGUAGAAAAAUACUUUUCAGUGUCUGCUAUGCCAGAUGAGAUGAAAUAACGCCUCUGUGUGCAUGUGUGUGUACCUACGCACAUGCACACCCACACACACUUGGGCUUAGGCCUGAAGUACAAUCAGGUUGGUAAGACUUGCAUACAAAUAAAGCAGUGCAAUGAUAAAUGCCUUAUGAGUGAUAAAAUGGGGCUUGUAGAAUUUCGGAGAAGGAAAAGGAUGCUUUCAGUUGUGCAAGCUGUUAUUAUUACAUGGACAGCAUAACAUGUUAGAAAGCUAAGAAGACUCAUAACUUUGUCAAAUUUAGCAAAUAAAGCAAGUUGGAAGAGAUAGGUACAUUGCAGGGGCCUUCAGUGCCAGAGCAAAAAGUUUAAAUUUUAUUCAGUAGCACUGGGGAGCCACUGACAUUUCAUAAUCAAAAUAUUAUGUAGGAAACUUUAUCUGGUAUAUAAUUUCAAAUAAGAAAAUUAUUUUGUUUGCAGUCUUUUAGAUACCCCACUUUUAUUUAAAACAAAGGUAUGUGUUUACAAAUAGGUGAAUUAUAAAAUGGGUUUAUCCAUAGCCUAUUGAAAAGGAUGGCCAAAAAAGUUAUUUUCCAAUGAAAUUAGAUUCAGUAAAAUAAACUGCUUAGUUAAGAUAUAAGCAGUAUAUAAAGCAUAAUAAAAUCCCACUUUUCAUGCUUUCUUAAAUGUUUGUAGGAAUUUUGGUGGUGACUAGUCUGCCAUUCUAUUUCAUUUCUGUAACUGAAGCAGUGCAGAAAUCCUCUAUUUUCUUUUUUCUCCCUUUGCUCGGGUAGGAACUGGUUAUAGCAUUUUUUUUCUACUUUAAUAAAACAAAUGGUUAUAAUGACAAAAGUUUUUGAUGAAUAGCACUCUUGGAUAUGUUCUUAAUUUUGGCAAAGAUAUAUAUAAUUCUGCAAAACAGUUUCUCUGCCUCUUCCUUUAGUGAAAAAAAAUAAAAAGGAAAAAGGCCAACAUACUUCACAGGAUUCUGAGGAUCCGCGGAUACAAACAAGAAGUGCUAUGUAAAAACUCUGAAAAUGUUGCUGAGAGAAAUGGAGAUUGAACACUUUGUUAAUGGAAACUUCUAUGUAAUGGAAUUAUAAUUGUUUAAUAAAAAAGACUAUAUUUUAAAAGUAUCCUAUAACUAUUUUACAGUAUUGGUCUUCUUUUAUUAAUUUCCCAAAUUAUCUUCUAAUAAUUAUCUUCUAGUAGUUUCCCAAAUAUAUAUGGAACCAUUUCCUCAAUUAUUCAUAAGAACUUUAACCACUAAGUAAAUUCAAUUUAUCUACUCUUCUCUAAACACCUGUUUUAGUCCAUCUUUUGUUUUUUCUCAUGAUAGUCAAAAUUGGGUCUGACAGAUUCAAAUGAGGAAGCUAUGUUUCAGUCAGCUUUGCAUAAGUAGUAUCUAUUUUGUACAUUUCAAAGGGAGUUGCUGUGACAGAAAUUUUCGGGAUGACUACUUUCCAUGACUACUUUCUUGUGAACUUUAUAAAAUGUAUCAUGUUCCCUUAUUAUAGAAAUAUCCUUUCAUUGUUGUAUUUACUCAGAUUUCUCACUUGGUUUCUGGCAUUUGCAGUCCCCUUCUAUUUUCAAUGUCAACCUAUGACCCUGGAAUUUGAAUGCAGCAAGAUUUCAUGGUCUCCUUUCCCAAUUGAUGGUUGAACACUGUGGUAUAUUCCUACCUGUUCUGUGUAUUUUGUUGUAUUGGAAUAUUAUCCAAAAUCCUCUGCAUGCUUUUUCAAAUUCCUGUUUUUAAUUGCCAUUUCUAAAGUGGGUACUUCAAGGUUUUCAGGGAUCUAGGAAAGCAAUCCUAAUGUAACUUAUUUGUAUACAAGUAAUAAACCAUAUGACUAUUCCUUU